AUGCCUCCCGGCGAGGCAUACGGCAGCCAGGGCCAGCAGCAGCAACAACACCAAUUCCAGCAAGUGCACCCGCAAGCGCAGCAAUUACAGCACCAGCAACACCAACACCUCCCGCCGCUGCAUUCUGGCCCGCAGGCACCCCCACCACGGUUACCACAUCCGCAGUUCGCGAAUCCAUAUCCCAACGGGAACCAGCAGUACCAACAUCAACAUCAACGCCAACACCAACACCAACACCAACACCAACAGCAGCACCAACACGUGCAAUAUGUUCAUUCCCCAUACGCCCAGCAGCAGCAGCAACAGCAGCAGCAGCCCGCGCAGUUCUAUCCCGGCAAUGCGCAGCACCAGCAGUAUCCAAACUACAAUGGCGCCUUCCACCACCACCAACCCACUCUCGCUCUCUCUCCCGCUCUCUCUCCCGCUUCCCAAGCCGCGCCGCUCCCUCAACCCGUCCCCGUUUCCACGCCCAUAUCAGCGCCCAUGCAGUUCGUCAAUCCGUCCUAUCUCCAACACCCGCCCGCACCAAGGCCACCCAGCAAUGCCUUCCCCGCGUCGCAACCACAUACCGCGUCCAUGAUGAGCCCCCAAUUGCCCCGCGCAGUCCAGCCAAAACCACCGAAACCGAUGCCUGUAAAGGCGAGCCCAAAACUGGAAGAGAAACGGCCACCAUCACGCGGAACCCCGAAGCUCCUUGCGCGCGACCCGAGGCGGCCAAGUUCGAGCGCCGGAAUCGCAAAAUCUCCCGUCACCCCGCACGCCUCUACCCACGCCGAAACGCUCCCGCUUCUCUUGUCUGUGGCGGAGGAUUGCUUCGAGAAGGCCAACUCGGCUGCGCAGCAAGUUGCCAAGACCAUGGGCGCGAGCGAAGUUGCGGAGCAUCACAAGCUGGUGGCCACAGGGUUGGGGUGUUUGGACGUUGCGCUGAAGUCGAACAAGUUAUGGCCGCGGCUCGAGGCUAGGUUGUGUCUGCGCUACACCAGCAUACUCAUUGAGGAGACCACCAAUAUCACCGAGGCCGAGACAGCCCUGACAAGAGGCAUUUCGGUGUGUGAGAAGCAUCGGUUCCUCGAUCUCAAGUACAGCUCGCAGUUUCUCCUGAUGAAGACGCUGUUCCAGCGGAACCAAAAGGCGGCUUUCAAGUCGAUCGACAGCCACAUUGCCGACUGUACAACUUAUAAACAUGUUCCUUGGAUCUAUGCCUUCCGCUUCCUUAAAGCCGCCUUCCACCUCCAGUCUGGCACAGCCGCCGACAAUCACGCCAUCGAAAAUCUGCGCAAGAUCGCCGGCAUUGCGAAUCAGCGGAGCGACAAGGGCAUCUUUAUUAUGGCCAUGCUGCUCGAGGGCCUUGCCCACCUCAGCACCACCAAGGACGAUUGGGCUACCCGUGUGCAGAUGUGCAUCGCCCAGGUAUCCAAGUUGCAGCUCGACGAGUCCAUUCGCACCCCCCAAACCGAUGUCUUAUUACUCCUGUUGGACUUGUCGUGUAGCCUCCACCAGAAAACACAUCAGAUAUCAGCACAGAAGCUCAGUGCUCUCCAGAGGAGACUAGAGGAAUUGAAGCAGUCACAAGACUGGCCUUCGCAGUCGGGCGAGAUGAUGCUGCCCGUUAACCGGAUGCCGAAUGCGCAGCAAAUAGUCAGCGCUGAUACAAGGGCAGUUCUGCGUCCUGGCGAUGAUCGUGUCGACUAUCUGGUAAUAUCAACGCUGGGGAAACAAGAAGCUUGGGCACUAGCGUAUGUGUUCAACGGCAUUGUGGCACACUACAAGGCUUCGACGCCCGGCCGCAGCUCAAGCAUGUGGGGAGAAGCAGUAAGGUUAUUGGAAGAAAACAAGCCUGUACCAUCAUCACAAAGCCUACCAGAAGCGCUAAAGCAGGCGGAGUGGGCGAGGGAGCUCUCCAGCUACGCACACAUUCUUACCGGGCUGCAGGCGUCGACCCUGUCCGACUGGGCAAAGGUUAAAACGUGCCUAGACACCGUUAAACAGAACGGACCUCAGUCGGAGUUCUUGAGUGUCUUGACCCUGUAUCUCGAAGGCGCCCUCCACCAAGGCACAGCGGCCCUCGAAAAAGCCACAGAGAUCUGGAAAGAUAAGAAAUUCGAAAUGGACUGGAGCGGCGCGCCAAAGGCCACCGGCGGCCGCAUCACGACGGAACUUUCCAUCCUAGCCGCCCUCAACCGGCUCUGGAUCAUGCAAGAACCAGCCCAGACGGACGACGCCGAAAUGGCCGAGCUCGUCGACCUGCUGCGGCCGAUCUGCGAGGACAACCCGGACCAGGAGAUCCGCACCGUCUACAACCUCGCCCUGUCAUCGGUCCGCAUGAACCCGCCGCUGUCCAUCAACCAGAUCAAGCGGCACAUCCAGCAGUCGCUCAGCGGCGCCCAGCAGACCUGCAACACGCAGUACCUGGCCAUCGCCCUCAACAUCAUGCGCGCGCGGCUGUUUGAGAACGUCGUCGGCGAGCAGGCGCUCAAGAGCGCCCGGGCCGGGUCGGCGCAGGCGCGCAAGAGCGGCAACGUCCUGUGGAUGAGCGUCGCCGACGGCAUGCUCGCCCAGUCGUUUGAGAUGCAGGGCGCGCUGGCCGAGGCCCGGGCUACGCAUGAUUCUGGGGUGAGGCUGGCGAAUGAGGCGUUUGCGAAGACGAAGGUGUGA